AGACCCAUUCACUUCACAAAACUACUUCACAAAACUGACUGCUAUUUAGGAUUUUCUGUAAAAAGUCUGAAAAGAGUAGCAUAAAUCUCGGGAGAACACAAUUCAAAAAGAGAAAAGGAGGGUUCAUGUGUGUUUGUGUGUGAGAGAGAAAGAGAUGGUUAUGGUUUAGGGUUAUAUAGGAAAGCUGAGAAGAAGAUCAAAGGAGAACGAUAAGAUACUGAGAGUGAGAAGGGUUAAUGGAGGGAGGUGGGGGUUCUAGUGGGACUUCAUGUUUGAUGGGGUUUGGAGAGAACAGUAAUGGACUAUGUCCAAUGAUGAUGAUGAUGCCUCCUCCUCACCCGAAUGUUGACAACAAUAAUACCUUAUUUCUUCCAAUACCUCUCAACAACAACAACCACAUUCAUGGCCAAAACAGCUGCAACAACAACGAUAACAACACAAACUCAGGCUGUUACUUCACGGAGAACCAUAACAACAACAAUGAUGGUGGCUUUUCUUCUGUCAGGGCUAAGAUCAUGGCUCAUCCUCACUACCACCGCCUCUUGGCUGCCUAUGUCAAUUGUCAAAAGAUAGGAGCACCGCCGGAAGUGGUGGCCAGACUGGAGUCAGCGGCCGCAGUUGGCCGUGCCGGGACGGGGACCGGGUGUAUCGGCGAAGAUCCGGCACUGGAUCAAUUCAUGGAGGCAUAUUGUGAGAUGCUGACAAAGUAUGAACAAGAACUUUCAAAGCCCUUCAAUGAAGCCAUGCUUUUCCUUUCAAGAAUUGAGUGCCAGUUCAAAGCCCUCACACUGGCUUCCUCAGACUAUGCUUGUGACAGAAAUGGAUCGUCUGAAGAAGAGGCUGAUGUGAACAAUUUCAUAGAUCCUCAUGCAGAAGACAAGGAACUGAAAGGUCAGCUUUUGCGCAAGUACAGUGGAUAUUUAGGGAGUCUGAAGCAGGAGUUCAUGAAGAAAAGAAAGAAAGGAAAGUUGCCUAAAGAAGCCAGGCAACAGUUGCUAGAAUGGUGGAGUAGACAUUACAAAUGGCCGUACCCAUCGGAGUCGCAGAAGCUGGCGCUUGCUGAAUCUACGGGUCUGGAUCAAAAGCAAAUUAACAACUGGUUCAUCAAUCAAAGGAAACGGCACUGGAAGCCUUCGGAAGAUAUGCAGUUUGUUGUGAUGGAUGCUACUCAUCCCCACUAUUACAUGGAUAAUGUUAUGGGUAAUCCCUUUGCGAUGGAUAUCUCACCUACGCUCCUUUGAAGAUUGUGCCUUUAUAAUUAGUAAUUUAGUUGAAUUCAAAUGAUGAAUUCCUGAAUUAUGUCAUUCUAUAUAUAAUAUAUUGCAAUGGUGACUGAUUGUGUUAUAUUAUGUGUACUCGUAGACUCUAUAUGGAGAUGCUAUAUAUAAUAUUUAACCCGAGACCAUGAAUUACUA